AUGAGGAUAGUGUGUAAAGACGUGACGGCGGAGACGCUGUACGACGUCCUCCAUGACACCAGCUACCGCAGGAAGUGGGACACCAACAUGAUCGACACGUACGACAUCGGCAGACUGACGGUCAACGCCGACGUCGGGUAUUACUCCUGGAAAUGUCCGAGCCCUCUGAAGAACAGAGACUUUGUGACGAUGAGAUCUUGGCUUCCUCUCGGCAACGAUUACCUGAUCAUCAAUUACUCCGUCAAACACCCG